AUGAUCAAUUUGAACAAUAAAGUUGCUUUAAUUACUGGUUCAAGUGAUGGAAUCGGAAAAGAAACAGCUAUACUCUUUUCAUCUUUGGGUGCUAAAGUGGCCAUAGUUGGACGUGAUCAAAGUAAACUGGAUAAAGUUGCUGCUGAAUGUGAAGCAAAGUCACCUCAUCACUACAAGCCUGUUGUUAUCAAGGCAGACUUCAUUAGAAAUGAAGAUGUUGUUCGGACCUUUGAAGAAACCAUUUCUGCUUAUAAAACUUUGGACAUUUUGGUAAACAAUGCUGCUAUCGAUGGAACCAAAGGAUUUGGUGAACCAGAUGCUAUGAAUUAA